CAUGGCCGCUGAAAGCUUGCCAGCCAUGUUUCAAUUUAUCGACGGCGAGCGCUACAUCUUCUUUCGUGAUCCAGACAAGGUGCGAGAGGCGCUCCAGUUCCAGCCGCGGGACGGAGACAUCGUAGAGGUUGUGUACCCAAAGUGCGGCAUGCAGAUGAUGCAGCAGAUGAUACAGCUCAUAGUACACGAGGGGCAUUGCGCCAAAGACCUGCGCGAGUUUAGUUCGAGGGCGCCCUUUCUUGAGGACUGCGGUGGAAACUGGGCAGGAGAGAAGUCUUGUGCCCGGCUGUUCCGAACGCACAUCCGCAUGGGUAAGAUAGUCGUCAGCACCGAUGCCAAGUACGUGUACGUCGCACGUAACCCGUGGGACGCUUGCUACUCGCAGUACAUCAUGAACCAGAAAAUGCCGCUUCGCCCAAUGAGAGAAACAUUCGACGAGUUUCUGGAUAUGUUUCUCGAAGGCUCCCUUACAAAUGGCUGCUACUUUCAGCACGUUCUCUCUGGCUACACGAGAAGAAGGGAGCCUAACGUCUUCUUCAUGACUUACGAAAGCGUGAUGAGCGACACUGCAGCCACUGUGCUAGAUUUGGCUGACUUUCUUGGAGAGACGUACGCCGAAAGAUUGCGGAAGGACAACGGGCUUCUCGCCACGAUUGUACAGCAUAGUACACCUGCGUUCCUGCGAACUAUUCUUGAGAUAGAAACUCGUGAAAUGGUUGCCAUGAUGUUCCGCAGCCCAGCGCUUGCUUCCUCUGGGCUAACGGAAAGAGACGUCGGCGAUGGAACAUUCAGCCUGGUGUGCCGGCCUGAAGUUGGAGCCUGGAAAGAAGUUUUCACGCAAGAUCAACUGAGAAGAACCGUUUCGAAAAUCGAGGAAUCUGUCGGAAAGAAUUUUGUACCUGAUCUGUGGAAUAAGGAAUGGCACGAAGUUCUGCAAGCAGCCUUGUAAAUGCUCAAUAAAGUGUUUGC